AUGUCCUCUUUUUGUGACGAGUCUUGCAUCUCUCACGUCUCUCUCUUUGAGAUUAGCUUUGACUCUGUAAUCUCGUCUCCUCGUCUCUCUUCUCCUAUUGUUCGAGCUUCCACCACUGAUGUCCAAUAUUGUGAGAAGAAUGCAGAGUACGGAGUAAAAGUGAAAGAGGUUAAUAUAGCGCCUAAUCCUAUAGCUCGAGGCGAGCCAGCUACCUUUACCAUCUCUGCCAACACAUGGCGUGGGAUUACGGGUGGGAAGUUGGUGAUUGAAGUUACAUACUUUGGAUGGCACAUUCACUCUGAGACUCAUGACCUUUGCUCUGAGACAACUUGUCCUGUUGAAACCGGAGACUUCUUGGUUGCACACUCUCAAGUUCUUCCUGGUUACACUCCUCCUGACAUUCCUGUUGCGUUCUUUUUGAAGCACUUAGAGAGAAAUAACAAACGUAAAACGGCUAAGCUGAGAUCAGACGCAUCAGAGACGACCUGGAGAGUAGAAAUUGACGGCCAAAGACUCUCUGACGGCUGGGAAGAUUUCGCUGUCGGACAUGAUCUCCGACUUGGUGACACUGUCAUUUUCAGACACGAAGGAGAGUUAGUGUUCCAUGUCACAGCUCUAGGACCAAGUUGCAGUGAAAUUCAAUAUGGAGGAUAUAGCGAUGAAGAAGAGGACAAAAAGGAGAAGGUCUCAAGAAAGAAGAAGAGUCCAAAGGCAGAAACAGACCCUUCAACAGACCAAUCUUUCUUUAUGACCACCGUCACGGCUUCAAAUCUAAAGCGCGACAUAGUGUAUCUCCCUAAAACGUUUGCAAUGUCAAAUGGUCUGCUGAAGAGAUUUGAGAUUGUUUUAAUGAAUGAAGAGGGAGAAUCAUGGAAGAUAGGUUUGACAUACGAGUCAUGUAGAGGCCGGUUUUGUAGGCACCAAAUUUACUAGAUAGGCAAAUUUGAUAUGUAAAGCAAAAAGUUUACAAAAUAACAUGAAUAAAAAAAAAUACAACAAUAUAAUACCGUAGUUGGAAAA